AUGAGUACCAGGGAGAGCUCUUGGACGCAGAGAUUGCGGAAAUUUGUAUUGGCUACAAAUAAGGCUGCGGCUCAAGAGGAACACGUGGAACCCCGCGAGUCCGCACCCGCAUUCGCCAGCUCCCGGGGAGCCUCAUCAUCACCCACGGCUCAAGAAACUCAAACAUCCGUUAUGAAAAAGGGAAAGGUGGCCUUCAUAUCUGGCCCUAUCGACACCGGCCCAGAUAAAGCCUACUUCCACACCCACUACGUACAGCCCAUCAACGACGCCAUCGCCGCAGGACAUGACUUUGUCAUCGGACCAAUCCUCUCAGGCGUCGACGCCGAUGCUCUCGAAUAUCUUCUGAAUUAUCAUAUUACGCCCUCACGGAUAACAAUCUUCAUGACAAUCGGCGAAGACAAUGCCUGGGGUAAGCAUUUCCGAGAAAAGGGGGUCAACGUGCAUGUCCUUGAGGAUCGGCUCGCCACAACGCAGAAUCGCGAUGCGGCAAUGACGGCUGCGAGUGACUAUGACAUCCUAAGGUGGAGGACAGAUGAAGAAGCGAAGGAGUUUUAUGGGCCGUUGUAUCGGCCUGGACGGGUGACGAACACGGAGAGGAAUUGGAGGAGACGGAGGGGGUUGGAGGGAUGA